AUGGCCUCGCACGAUCACGGCCAGGGGGUGGAUGCCAAUGCGGCUCACGGGAAGCCUCGCAACAUGAGCCCGUCGCCCCACGCCCAACAUCAAUAUCACGACCCAACCGCGGGCCUGGUCGUGGAUCCCUCCAUGUCAUCCGACUACAACGGCAAUGCAUCUUUCAAUCCUUCCCAUGGCGACAGUAACAUCAAUCCUCUCGGCGGCUCCGAAUCAUAUGGCUACUCGACAAAUUACCCUUUUAACGCGUCUGCGCCAAACCAAACCCUGGCCCCUCCCUCAUCGGGCCAGCCGUUUCCUCCUCUGUUGGACACCGCCAAUCUGUCCUUACAGCAAGCAUUCGACCCAAAUAUGGCCAAUCAGUUCAAUCCGGGAGGCCUGGAUAUGCAAUCCGGACAGUCCAUGGAGAACUUCUCCAAUCUCCUCAACUCCAACCCGAGCGAGCUCGACUUCUCUGCCUUUCAACCCCAUAGCCCCACUGGCACAAGUGCUCCGAAUUACAAUUCAUCUCUCUUGAUCGACACUCAAAUGCAAUCGGGCCAGCAGGUCAUCAACCCCGCCGUCAGUCCAGCAGACAUCGUCAGCCCUAUCUCCAAUCCCUCUGCGUCUUCCCACCCAUCCACCCAGGACCUGCAGCAGUCCUCCCCCGGCCCCAUGUCGCCGCCCGGAGGUACCCCAGGAACAUACUAUACUCCACAGCAUUCACGACACGCAUCUCUGGACCCCGCCACUGCGGCCUAUUUAAGUGCCCAGUCGACUGCGGACUGGCCUUCACUCAUGACCAGCAACAAUGCAUUCCGUGGCCACCGGAGAGCACCGUCGGAAGUGUCCGAGGUCUCGUCGGCCACGCAUUCGCCGUAUUUGUCACAGAAUGAGUUCGACGGCAUUGAGAAUAAUGUGUCGCCCUCGCUGGCGCCACAGAAUGACCCAGCGCUGUACGACAAUGCGUUGGGUAUUGAGCAAUUCACGUUAUCAGAGCAGCAUCAACAAGGCUUUAGUCCGGCGCAUAGUCCGUACAUUUCACCGCGUCUGAUGCCUCAACAAGGCAUCGACAUGAUCCCCAGCAUCCAAUAUUCAUCCUCGGGGAAUCAGUUUCCUCCCGCACCGACGGACAUGUAUAGCUUUCCCGGGGAUGAUCUGAUGGCGGCGCAUACCGGAGGCGACAUCGGUCAGGCUUCUCAGAUGGCGCCUCCGUCAAUCAAUGUAGAGUUUGCCCCUCCGUCCCGAACCCCAAGUUUUGGCCCAUCGAAGCCCCUGGCCGACUUUGACUCGCUGAGUCCACCCGCGAUGAGAUCACGGGGACGCAGCAAGUCGGAUCCCUUCGCGCAUCCCGCCUCUCGACCGAGGUCACCUGCAGUGUCGACGUCCAGUCUUGAGCCAAAUCCUCCUGCAUCUCCGCGCUCACUGUCGCCUCACUCACGCAGCAACUCUGGCUCACGUGAAGCGUCCCCGGUCAGAUCGAACAGGCGUCUUUCAACAUCCUCCAUUGAAAGUCGCAAUUACAUUCUAGACUUGGCCGAUCCCGGACGGCCAGGAGCCGCACCUGGCGACUCGAAGCGGGUCCAGAAGCAUCCCGCAACUUUCCAAUGUACCUUGUGUCCGAAGCGCUUUACACGCGCCUACAACCUGCGAUCACAUCUUCGUACGCACACGGAUGAGCGUCCGUUUGUAUGUACUGUUUGCGGCAAGGCCUUUGCUCGCCAGCAUGAUCGCAAGCGUCACGAGGGCCUCCACUCCGGCGAGAAGAAAUUUGUCUGCCGCGGUGAUCUGAGCUUGGGCGGCCAGUGGGGCUGUGGUCGUCGAUUCGCACGUGCUGACGCUCUCGGGCGGCAUUUCAGAUCCGAGGCUGGUCGUAUAUGCAUCAAACCUCUGCUCGAUGAAGAAUCUCAAGAGCGUGAACGUGUCGCCGCUCAACAGCAGCAGCAACAGCAACAACAGCAGCCUGCCGGUGGCCAUCUCCAACCCGUUCCCCAACCACUGGUCAUGCCUGGUAUCCCGGGCAUGGAUGGUCAGUCUUCCGGUGCUUUCGUUCUCCCGGCCGCUCUCCUUGCGCAAUAUCCGGCUCUCCAAAACAUCCAGUGGGACCAGCUGGCUACCGCGGGUGACGAAUCUGGUGAUAUCGGCGGCCGGAGUAGCUUUGACGCCAGUUCGGGGGGGGAGUUUGGCCUUGACGAAGACGAAUCCGGUCUCAGCAGUGUCUCCGGGAUGAGUGGUGGGUAUGCACCCAAUCAAGGCGCUCUUUACCCAGGCCAAAUGCUCGGGAUGAAUUCAGGGAAUUCUGAAUAUGUCGAUCAGCAAAAAUGGCUCUGA